GAAUAAGCAGUGUAAUUGCAACAAAACCCACAUCUUCUUGAAAAGAAAAACCCAUUUUCAAAAUUCUCUUUCUUGAGAGAGAAAAACCCACAUUUAAGCUUGUUAUUCAAAGUGUAAUAAUGGAGGAUGGCGGUGGUAACCGUGGUAAUCGUGGUGACACGGGAGGAUCAGUAAUGACUCGGAGCACGGGAGGGCGCAGAAGACUUGCACAAGCAUUGGAUGAUCCUGAAGCGUUACUCAGUAAAAGGGGUCGGAGGGGUCAUUCGAGAGGUCGUUCGAGGGGUCGGGGUCGUUCGGGGGGUCGGAGGGGUCGUACCGUUGCAGAGUCUUCUGCUGCUAAUGAAGAUCCACCUCCUGAUAGUACCGAUCAUACUGAUACCGAUGUUAAAAAAGAUGAGGGUCCUGCUCAAAAGUCUGAAGAAAAUGUUGAAGAAAAGACAGAUUCUUCUGAUUCAGACGUAGAGAUUCCUCUUGCUAGAACAAAGAAAAAACCACCUCCUGAUACUGAUACUGAUGUUGAAAAAGAUGAAGAUUCUGCUCAAGAGUCUGAAGAAGAUACUGAGGAAAAGAACGAUUCAUCUUCUGAUUCAUCUUCUGAUACAGAGUCGGAUGGUCCUGCUGAAGAAGAGGAUACUGAUGCUAAAGAUAAGGAUGAUUCUGCGGAAGAAACUGAUGCUAAAGAUAAAGAUGAUCCUGUGGAAGAAACUGAUGCUAAAGAUAAAGAUGAUCCUGCGGAAGAAACUGAUAUUAAAGAUAAAGAUGAUCCUGCGGAAGAAACUGAUGCUAAAGAUAAAGAUGAUCCUGCUGAUAGUACCAAACGAACAAUCAUCAUUGAACACUGGCCUAAAGCUCCAAUAUUCCGGAAUAGGGCUAAAGAGCUGCAAGCUAGCAUAGAACAAUCCGAUGAAAAUAUUAAUGUUCUCAUUAACCCUGACAAGAAGCCAAAGAAACCAAGUUUUCUGGUCCGGUCAGAGAGUGGUGCGGAGUUAUACCUCAGUUUGGUGAACCUAAAGAAGCCAUAUAAAGAAUUGACAGAUUUUGACGUAGAAGACGUUGUGGCUAAAAUUGUUGCAAAGUGAAGAAUGGACAGAUUUAGAUCUAAUUAGCAUUUUAGCUCUAUAUACAAUACUCUACUUGUAAUCAUGUUAUAGAUUUUUGCUUUGGAUAUUAAGUGAUCCAUUCGAAGCUAUUUUGUUGAUGUGUAGACGCAUGCUUAUAGUUCAGAUUUUUGAAUUUCGAUUUAUUCAAAAUUUGAGGUAAUGAAAGCGUGUUUUUUU